AUGGCGGCCAAGCGGAAGGGUGGCAAUGGCCGGAAGAAGACCAUCCUCCACCCGAUCCCCAAGAAGGACGCCCGACGUGGCCCCAUCGUCUUCUCGCCUGCUUGCAAGGCCUUCUCCUUCGGCCAUUCAUCCGUCGAUGUCGUCGUCAACCGCUUCAUGGCGGGGAACAGCGCAGAGCUUCAGGGCGCCACCGCUGACAGCGGGUUGCAGACGCUGCACUGGCAGCACGGGGAGAUAUGCACAGAGCUGGCGUAUAGGUGGAAGCAGAAGAAGCGUGCAGACGAGGUCCUGGCCAAGGUGCGCGCCGGCGGGGACCAGACUGCCGCUGGGCUCGACCACGACAUGCACGACAUGGGGUAUGAGGACAUGGCGGCCUUAGUCGCCGCACUCAUGCAGGUGAAGGCUGCUGUCUCCGUACGCGCCAACCAGGUUCUCGUGGAGGCCUACCACAUUGAUAUCUGUAGUAAGCUCCUGGUGCCCCCGCCUCCACCGAUGUCGGUCCAGCUCUUCGGUGGCACCACCUGUGAGUUUGAUGCCUCCAACGCCAGGCUUCACCCCCAGGAGUGGACAUGCACCAGAUGCUUAUGGCGAUGCCUCCUCCUCCCGGUUUGGCUGCCGUGGUGGAGAUCCAACUGGGGCUAA